GCGGUCCACACUCGACAAAAGACGAUUGGUGGUAUUUGAAAUAGACGCUUUAUAAAUUAUAAAUUUUUCACCUUAAAGUUGAUAUAUAAGGAAAAUACAAACUCAGUAUUUACUCCAUCUGCUCAAAUGAAAAAACUAUAGGUAUUCUUGAGUUUUGUUGGAUUUACACAUAUAGAAAGUAUUUCCAGUUAAAAAGGGGAUAUCGACAAAUCUCGUUUUCAAUUAAAAUGCUCUCUGGAUUCAAAAUGGCGCUUAUCAGUGAAUCGUGGAUGAAUCAAGAACAGAGGUGCUAAGGAAGCAUUUUCCUGCUGCCAUAGUCAUUUCAUUUACUUUAGCCUCCUACUAUCGAUUUGUUUUCUUCAAGACCACUAAUUUAGAUACGAUCAUUUGGUUUUCCUUUUAAAUUAAACAUCGAUGAUGAAUGCUGGAAAUAUUCUCCUUUUGACUUCAAUAUGGUUAGAAACAUAUAUCACUGUAUCACGAAGUGACAUUUCGACGAAAUGCACAGUUUGCAAAGAUAUGACAGAUAAUUUUUUAGAGAAAAUGACCAAGACGGAAAAGCAUGGUUUUGGUGGAGGAAACACAGACUGGGAAGAAUCUAGACUUGGUACAUAUGCAAAGAGUGAAUCAAGGCUGCUUGAAAUAUUAGAUGAAGUUUGUAUUAAAGUGUCAAAAGAGUCAAUUUGCCAUGCAAUGAUUGAAGAAUAUGAAAGUGAUAUAUACUCUUGGUGGUAUAAAAAGACAGAAGAACAACCUAGUUUGAAGGAGUAUUUAUGCACUGAUAAAAUUAAAGUUUGUUGUCCUGAGAAUACAUACGGCUCUUCAUGUAAAGAAUGUCCUGGUGGCAAAGUGACUCCAUGUAGCGGUCAUGGAAGCUGUCAGGGUGCUGGAACAAGAGGAGGCAAUGGCAAGUGUAGUUGUGACAAUGGCUACGAGGGGGAUACCUGUUCUGAAUGUCAAGAUGGUUAUUACGAUGCUGGGAACACUACGUGCAAAACAUGCCACGAAGCCUGCAAAAGUACUUGCACAGAGGCAGGUACAAGUGGGUGUGAUGAUUGCAAAGACGGGUGGCUGAAAGACCCAGAGGAAGGCUGCAAAGAUGAGGAUGAAUGCGAGAAGUCUCCGUGUUCAACUAGCGAAUUCUGUGUUAACAGUGUUGGAUCGUAUGAAUGUGAAGCUUGUGAUGGUGCUUGUAAAGAGAGCUGUAAAGGCCCAGGCUCAGCGAAUUGUGUGGAAUGUAACCAAGGAUACUUAAAGAACGGAACCGGUGGAUGUGAAGAUAUUGAUGAGUGCUCAACAGAAAAUCUUUGUACUGCUGGGACCUACUGCCAGAAUGCUAUUGGAUCAUACAAUUGUGAACCAUGCCAUGAUUCUUGUGAGUUUGAAUGCACUGGACGUGGGAACACGGCCUGUAAUGCUUGUAGAAAUGGAUAUGAGAUGGUUGAUGGUGGAUGCAAAGACAUCGACGAGUGUGCUGGAAAAGAUGGUCAAUCUUUGUGUACAGAUGACAGCCAAUACUGCAAAAACACUGAAGGAGGAUUUGAAUGCGAGUCCUGCGACAAGUCAUGUCAAAAAUGCAUUGGUCCUGGUGAAAGUAGCUGCGUUAAAUGUAGGAAUGGAUUUGAAAUGGUGGAAGGCAGUUGCAAAGAUGUGGAUGAAUGUUUGACGAAGAAUGCUUGUAACAAGCAAACUGAGCAGUGCGAAAACACAGAUGGCAGUUACAAGUGCUCAUGCAAAACUGGAUACAAAAAGAAAGAAGGGAAAUGUGUGAAAGAUGAAGGUAAUAAAAUUGUUAAAAAGCGAAAGAAAAAUACUAAAAAGCACCCUAAGAGGGAAAUGGAUCCAAUUGAAAGUCUGAUGAAGGAAGGUCAAUUAAUAACAGAAUUUCAUCUUAAAAUUGGUACAUUAAUGUUUAUUUUCUUUUUCGGCGCAGUUUAUUUUUUCUUUCGGAGAGAUAAUUGGUUUGGCAUUGCAAUAACAGUUGUAGUUUUUGCGAUAGCCAUAGCGACGUUUCACAGGGCGCUUUCUAAUGCAAACGCCUUUGGGGAAAUGUAGUGUAAAGUGUGCUGCAAAUGGCUCUUGAUGACACAUGGAUUGCUCAACCCAAGAACUUCCAACCGAGUAUCAAAGCACAGCAAGUGUUAUUUUACCCACUAUAGAGUGUUCAAGUUGUUCUUUUAAUUAGCGUUAUAACAAGCUCGUGAUAGAAUUGCGUAUUCAUAUCUCAAAUGUGAAGCUCAUGUAUAUUGUAAAGAUUUACGUUAAAAGGAAGAACAUUAAAUUUUUGAAUCGUAUGAUAUGAUUAAUCAGUAACCGUACUGUACAUUGCAAGUUUACACAGUAUAAACUUAGAUUAAAUGGAAUCUUAAAGAAAAUAGUUUUGCCUGACAAAAAAUAGCGUAUUGCAAUGUUAGAAUAAGGAAUCGUCAUAUCAAAAUAUUGAAAGUUUCAGGCUGAAAAAGAGCAAAGGAAAACCUUAAUUUUGAUGGAAGAUGGUUGUUGAGUGAAAAAUGUGUUUAAAGCGCUCGUAGCUUUAGACCAUUUUGGUACUUUGAAUUAUUUCUGCAGCUUGAAUAAAGUAAACUUUCUUAAGAUGUUGCGUAUUAAAUUUCUUUUCAGUUUAUUUAUAAAUAUACAAGUGAUCGCGUUUUUUGUGUAUUGGUGUGGAAUAUGGUGUGACUGUUUUAUGGGAAAAUCCUUGAAAAUCCUUGUAAGAAGACAAAGUCCUAUAACUGAGUUUCGUUUGUAACCGUGUUUCAUUUGUUCUAAUCUCUUCCCCC